AUGACCCGCACGGACCCGCCGGACCUAUUGGUGUCGACCGUGUACCAGGACAUCAAGGUGGCGGCCCCCGGGCCCGCGGCGCGGCGCCCGCCAUGUGAGCGCCCCCCGCCCGCCGGGCCCGCACCCCACGUCCGCUGCCGCCUGGACAUCAAGCCCGACGACGCGGUGCUGCAGCACACCGCCCGGGGCUCGCGGUCCUACGGGCCUGCGGAGACCAUGCCCUGGGCACGCCCCGCCCCGCAGCUCCACGGCCUCACAGUGCCCGGCCCUCGUCACGUGGCGCUCUCGCGCACCCCCACCCCGAGCGACACGUUCUGCGCGGAUCCCCGAGCGCUGUACUGCGACGGUCCUCUGCCUGGGCCCCGGGACUAUACGGAGCGACGAAGUCUGCCCUUCACCACGCCGCCCGGUCCCACCCAAUUCUUCUACACCGAGGAGGCUGAGGGUCACCCAGGUGGCUUUUCAGCGAGCCCCGGGCCACCCUUCGACAGCUACUACACCAGGCCUUUCCCGUCAGAGGAGGCCCCUGUGCCCAGUCCAAGACGCAGCGGCGGCUACUAUGCAGGCGAAGCGCGCACUUUCCCAGUCCAGGAGCCGCCCUCCCGUUCCUACUAUGGGGAGGCCCCUCGAGCCUAUGGCCCGCCCUGUGGCCCCCGCUAUGUCCCCGAGGAGCCCAGGUCCCACCCUGCUCUCCGCCCCUUUUACACAGAGGACUUUGGGCGGUACCGGGAUCGCGAAGCCCUAGCUCGGACUUACCCACACCCACGCGGCAGCUCCGCCUGGGGUGACUGGGACCUGCGGCCUUACCGCACCCUGCAGGUGGCGCCUCCUCCCGAUCCUGGCCCAUUGCUCGCCUCUUGGCACGGCGGCACGGGAACCAGCCCGCCCCGGUUGGCCACUGACAGCCGCCACUACUCCCGCUCCUGGGACAACAUCCUGGCGCCAGGGCCGCGCAGGGAGGACCCCCUGGGCCGCGGCCGCAGCUACGAGAACCUGCUGGGGCGAGAUGCGCGGGAGCCGCGGGGUGCAUCCCCGGAAGGCCGGCGUCCGCCAGUCGUUGUGAACCUCUCCACCUCGCCCAGACGCUAUGCGGCGCUGUCCCUGUCCGAGACGUCGCUGUCGGAAAAGGGCCGCGUGGGCGAGGGCCUGGGCCGCAACUGGUAUGUCACGCCUGAGAUCACCAUCACCGACAACGACCUGCGAGCUGGGGAGCGCCUGCCGGCCAGGGCCUGGGAGCUGCCGGGAGGGCGACCCCGGCCGUCUCUGCCUGCCGCCCCCGACGGGCCCACUGGUGGUCGCCAGCGCAGCCUCGAGCAACUGGACGAGCUCAUCACCGACCUGGUCAUCGACUCUCGGCCCCCGGCUGGGCAAGCCCCGGAGCCCGCAGCCGACGGACUGGGCCGCCAGCUGCGCCGCCUGCUGGACUCCAGGCCCGCGGGCUCCGGGGCACCCGCGCUGGCACCGCCCCUUGGGCCACCCCAGAGGUCGGUCCUCAGCCGCUUGGUGCUCCCCGCUGGGAGGCGGGUUGGGCCUGAGGACCGCCUGACCCUGCCUUCACGCGGAGGGGUCACUACUGCAGACCCCACCGCGAAGAUCCGUGUGUUCGUGUCCCGAGAUGACAAGGCGGGAGGGGGCCCCAGCUAG